AUGUCGCUAGUGAAAAAUGUUAUAAAAAAUGCUAGAAAUAUUACUCAAACACAAAAAAUUCAUAGUUCUUGCCAAGUUUUCGCCCCGGUUUCCCUCGCCUAUAAUCAAUUCUCCGCUCCUGGAAUUGAUCGAAACUCACCGCUAGUGAUUGUUCACGGGUUAUUCGGUCAAAAAACCAACUGGAAUUCCGUCGGGAAAGCGCUCAACAAGAAAUUAGAAGCUCCAGUGUUCACAGUCGACGUCAGGAAUCAUGGAGCCUCUCCGCACACCGACACGAUGACAUAUACAGAAAUGGCAGAGGAUUUAGUCGUUUUCAUUGAUAAAAUUCGAGAAGAAACUGGAAAAAGAAGAGUAAACCUGUUGGGACAUUCUAUGGGAGGAAAAAUUGUGAUGCGGAUGGCGAUUGACUCGAAAUGGAGUGAUAGAAUUGAGAAAUUGAUUGUUGAAGACGUCUCACCGAAAGGAUACUCCAGAAGACAUCUUGAAUUCCGCGAAUUGAUCAAAACCCUUCGAAAAGUCAACCUAAAACGUACUCGAAAGGAGAUUCUCGUGGAUUUGGAGUCUUCGAUUCCAGAACUUUCCAUGCGUCAAUUUAUUCUCACAAAUCUUCAGCCAUCCGCUGAGAAUAAGGAUCAAAUGGAGUGGAAAGUCAAUAUCAACACAAUUGAUAGCCACGUGGAAGAGCUUUUGGGGUACAAUCUUCCCGCUGGCAGCUAUCGUGGACCCACUCUCUUCCUCCAUGGCUCGAAAUCUGGCUACGUUCCGGAUAGUCACAAACCGGAUAUCAAAUGCCUAUUUCCACAGGUCCGAUUCGAUGCGAUUCCUGACGCUGGCCACUGGGUGCACGCUGACAAGCCACAAUUGUUCAUCGAAUCUGUUUAUAAAUUUUUGAAACCCUAG